CGCAAUUACUACCACCGUAAUAAUCUCGCCGUCACCCUCCGCGGCGGCGUGCGCUGCUCCGCUUCACUCCCUUCCAUCCAUCCCCGGUCGCCGUCGUCUCCGCCCAGGCCAGCACUGACUUGUCCGUUUUAUCCGCCUCCGCUUCUCUUCCACUGACCCCUUCUUGGCCUUUUUGGGUGUCUCUCAUCCAUGAGAGUGAUUAGUUGGAGGUUACCAGCUGUAAGUACACCAACAAGCCCUAAUAAUAGCGAGGCUCGUCAGUUGGGAGGAGGGAGUGGCGGGAAGGAGGAGGGGAAGUUGCUGGGCCAGCGUUGUGGCGGCGGCGGCCGGAGUCGUCGGACGCCAUGGAGGCCGUCCAGCCGCCGGUGUUGAGUGACAGAUUGAACCCGUUGAUCCACCACAGAUCAGCUUUUCCAGCCAGUGUUGUGCAGCCUCAAGAUCAUGGUGACAGCGUUCCGGGCUUGUGCAGUGGAUCUUUUAUUGACACCAGGGGCAGGCUUAGCAGUGGAUCAAUGACAUCUGAAGAUUCACCGGCACUGACGCCGAGAUGGUUGUCCAUCAAGUCCAACUCCAGCUCUGACAACUGCUUUGAAGGAUCGAAAAGAGCGGUAUCGUGGUCAGACCGGCAUGUUUUCAAUCCAAAUGGGCAGGUCAACUAUGCAGAAUUCAUGGAUUUGAUGGAACAGGAGCUUGAUACCCAACUUGAUAGGCUCAAGGGGGAUGUAACUGGGCUGGAAAACUUUGCGUUGCCGGAUAAUGGGUAUAUAAUUGGUACACACCUGGGCAUGUCUCUUGAUGUGAUGCUGAUUGAGAUUGAUGAGAGGUUCAAUGCCUUGAAGUUACUGCUGGCCACAGUGUUUCGGAAGGCUAGGGAGAUGGACAGCUCGUCGGUGUCUGAUCUGCAGUGGGAGCAUGAGUUGCAAUUGGAGGUCAUCAACAUUACAAUAGGAGAAUUCAUCAGUGGCUUGCAAGAGGAGAUGGAGAGGAAGCUGUAUGAGCAAAUUUCUAUGACAAACUCCAUGAGUAAAAAUUGGCAGGAUGCCAUAGCUCAAUUUGCCAGCAUGCGCGAUGAUCUGGGUGCUCUUUCUAAGCUAUUGUUGCCCUCACUACAAGAAUCACAUAUUUCUCACAGCAAGCAUGAAACUUCAAGCAACAGGAGCAAUAGGUGGAAGUACAACAUCUUUGGAAAGAAAAACAAGGAGGAUCAUUCAUCUCGCGCGGAGGAAAAUAAGAGUUUCAGGAAACAGAAGUCCAUGGUUGUCUUGGAAAAAUCUGACUUCCGUCACCUGAAUGGUAUGAGUAAAGAGGAGAUCAUAACUUAUUUUAAGUCCGAAAUGAGCAAAUUGAAGAGGAUGCAUGAAUUGGAUUUGCAGGAGAAGACCGAGGAGCUCUUCAAAUUCAAACGGGAGAAGGGAUUGCUUACUCUCAAGAAUGAUGUGGAAUUUGAGCCGUUAAGAAAGAAAAUUCCACAGAUUAUUUCUAGAAUGGACCAAAUCAUUUCGAAGAACAUAAAGAUGCCUUCACUUUGCAUGACUAAUGAUGGACUGGAUGAAAGAUGCAUAUCAGCAAAAAGAAUCGAUUCUUUAUAUUACGAAAAUCAGCAUCUUAGAGGUUUGCUUGCAGAUAAUAUGAAGGAUGUCAAGGAAUUAUCAUCUCAGCUAUCUGAAGCCAGUAAAGAAAUGUCUAUUCAGUUGUCAUCAGAAGACGAUCUCCUGAGACAAAUUGCCAAAAUUAAAGAAGAAUAUGAGGAUCUCCAAAUCGAAGCCGGUGUUAGGGAUGGAGUGUAUCAAACUAUUACAAGAAAGUUGCUUGAUGAUUCUAUGAACAGCAUGCAUGAUGCUGCAACGAAUUUUAGUACAGAACUGUCUUCUCUUGAAGCUAUGAUAUCUGAAAAGGAGAAGGCUUUGUGUUUGUCAAAUGAAGAAAACCGAAUGUUAAAAGAAAAAAUAGCAGAGUUAGAGCAAUGUUUGAUCCAAGAUAAACAGGAAGAUCCAGAAGUCAUCAAGCAAGAGAGUACAGAGAUCAUUUUGCGUGAUAUAGAGGUGGCGCCUCACAUAUCACCAAGAAGAUCACAUGAGACUCCCAAGCAAGAUAUGCAAUAUGAUGAACUUGUCAAACUUAACUCAAGUUUAGAAAUUGCUUCAGCUGCAUUGAAGGAAGUUGAAAAUAAAAAUAUCGAUUAUAAUGGUAUUUUCACCAAAAAUGAGCAAGAAAAGCAACUGGAGUGCAUUUUAAUAUCUAUUAUGAAGUUGUCAAAGGAAUUUGUGGAGAUCGAGCAAAAAUUAUCAGUAGAAAGAAGUGCAAGCAGGUCAGAGGAUUUGAGUGAUCAUUGCAACCACAUGGUCAGACAAGCCGUUGUACUAACAAAAAUAGGCCUUUGGUACAAACAAAUGCUAGAAACAAGGCGUUCUGAGCUCCAGAAGGCUGAAGCCAAGGUUGUCAUUUUGGGCGACAAGGUUAAUUCACAUUUAAACCUUCUUCAGAAGAUAUAUGUAACUCUUGAUCGCUACUCCCCUACAUUACAGCAAUAUCCUGGGUUGCUAGAUGCUUUCUUGAAGACAUGCAAGCUUGUUGCAGGUUUGAGAAGUAAUCAGAACAAAGAUGAUACGACAGCAUAAAAAGGGCAACUAGGCAUGCUCAAGAGUAGACUCAUGAGGACCUACUGCCAGGAGGGUACAACUGACACACUGAUAUCCUGGCUCAUCCGCUCAUGUGCAUAACCAAUUAGCCAUGUGAAGCUCCAGUUGUAGAUCAAGUGGAGGAUUCUCAGACUGAAUUAUCGAUAUCAUAGGAUGUUGAUUGUUGAUGCGUAUUUCGAACCAGCUGAAGUAGCACUCACCUUCUGAUAUGCAGCUAUAUAUAUACACGUUCAGAAAAUAGCUCCAUGUAGUGUUUGUAGGUCAUGCAGUUAUACGUACAAGCCAGAAACUCAGAACGACAUUCUGUAGAGAAUAAUUAUCAGCCAGUGGCCUGGUAAUGUACAGAUUACACUGUUCAGGUCUUUGGGUAGACGGGAUAGGCGCAUCUUUGUUUAGCCAGAUACACGUUUUGUAAUCAUCCACUAUGUAACUGUUUUCAUCUUUCAAAACUCAUAUUGCCAACUAACUGUAUAGCUAGAUUACCUGUAUAACGAGAAACUUUGGUCCAUGUUGGAUGUUGCAAGUUUUAGUUGCAUGUCGUGCUUGUGUA